AACGAUAGUCACGCACUAGUUUGCAAGCAAAAUUAACAAAAGAAUCAUUUGCGAAAAUAACCCUACCAUUGUAGUUCAGAAUGUCACCGGCCAUAGUUAUUCUGUUCACCGUGGCAGCGAUUGUCCCUGUAAGCUCGGUUCAGACAAUGUUGGAUUCCUUCAGUUACUGCAACAGCAGCGGCAUGGUCGAGUGCAGCGCAAGAGUUCGCAAAGUUAAUAGAACUACCGCGGCGCUUUACGGAAAAUUCGUUCUGAACACCGACAUCGAUAGCAGUUUCAAUGGAGCCGUGGAGGUGCACCACAGUCCGCUGGGAAACAAUCAGUUCAAUCGCUACCCGAUGAAGAUAGGACCGGUUGGAUUCUGCGAAUUUUUGAAUGACUUUUGGGGGGAUUACUACGAUUCCAUUGUACCGUACAUGCCGAACAUCAUGAAACCUAGAGAGUGUCCCGUAUCGCCGCGUACGAUUCCGAUCAACGAUUGGAUCAUGGACCCGAAAAUGUUGCCCAAGUAUGUGCCAACCGGGCUUUGGAAGGUCAUAACUAUGCUCAAAAGCGAACAGAAAAAACAGUUUUACGUGAUGGAGUUGAUAUUUAAGGUGUAUGACGAUGGGUACUUUUGAUGUUAAA